CCGGUACCAUAACAGAUGGUGGAACAACAGUGGAUCCACCGGCCACCACAACAACACCGAGCGUCAUCCCGUGCGGACAUCGCCGGCCUCGCGGAGCCAUGAUCCCGGUGUCCGGGUUGUGAGUGCGAUUUCGCGCGGUGCCCCCUCUCGGCGCCAGCACCACGGAGGAAGCUACCUGACUGCUCGGGCUCUCCAUCGCGGGGGGAAGAUGGCCGCGAUGAAAAUAUUAACCAGCGCGGGUCUGUGCUUGGCGCUCUGCUCGCUGGCUCUCCUCGCCAUGGCCAUCUGCACCGACUACUGGUACGAGACCGACGCCAGGAGACACCGGGACAGAUGCAAGAACCACGCCAACAAGAGGAACGACCCGGGCUACAUCUACAUCUCCAACCACAACCUGCCCCUCCAGAUGCCUCCGAGGAGCGCGGACAGAGGGAGAGGCGGCCCAGAUGCGGCCGCUCUCAUCCGGGGCAAGCGGCACUUUGUUUCCGCGGCGUCCGGGAUGGAGUCUCACUGCAGCCGCCAGUUCAACUCCACCAUCUCCGGCCUGUGGAGGAAGUGUCACCGCGAGGGCUUCGACCUGGAGACGGAAGACCUCAUUUACAAAGGAAUAAUACAAAGAUGUACUCCAAUCAAGUAUCACUACACGUCUUCAAUACUGCCGCGAAACCUUCCUGUCAACAUCACAAAGACCAUUCGUCAGGACGAGUGGCACGCGCUCCAUUUAAGAAGAAUGACAGCAGGCUUUGUAGGAAUGGCAGUUUCCAUCAUCCUCUUCGGGUGGAUCAUUGGAGUGUUGGGGUGCUGCCAGCAGCAUGACCUCAUGCAGUAUGUAGCAGGACUACUCUUUCUCAUGGGAGGGACUUGCUGCAUCAUCGCCUUGUGCACAUGUGUGGCGGGAAUUAACUUUGAGUUGUCCCGCAACCCCCGAAACAUGUACGGCCUCCCCGAGGACAUUAGCCACGGCUACGGCUGGUCUAUGUUUUGUGCCUGGGGGGGGCUGGGCCUCACCUUGCUGGCUGGCUUCCUGUGCACCUUGGCGCCGUCCUUGAGCACGCCGGCACGCACGACGACCCACAAGCCCAGGCACGAGAACGGUACCGUGUGACUUGACUGAGGCGCAGACCCACAGAGCGCACAAUACACCAAGUCUUGGAACAUUUAUGAUGCUAAACUCUGAUACAGUUUUUCGUCUGUUCACCGUUCUUCACCCUCAAAAUCACAUUCAGUGUGUGACAGACACCUCAAGCCGUCGUGUGGAAACUCAAAGAAUUAGAUAACCAGUGACGGAGGCAUGGCUCAUGUGGCACAGAAAAAAGAGCAAAACAGACUCUGGUUUUUGAGUUGAUGAUUUAAAUGUCUUAAAAUGGUGCUCUCUUAAACUCAUUUCCACGCACACUUACUGACCUACAUGUGGUCCAUUACUGUCAUGGACAUUUCCUUGGAAAGAAACAACCAUGAGAAGAAAAAAAAAAAGCGUGCCAGAACUUUCUGACAACAUUCCUUAUCCAGUCAAGUGACAUGUGCUGUGUUAAUGUGUUAAAAUAAGUCUCACUUACCGAGAUGGAACUGCGUCAGUGGAGCAGUCAGGGUGGUAAAAGCAGGAGCCCAGAUAUGAGGCUUCUUCAAAGGUUCUUAAUGUAAAUGUAGGUCAGAGCAUCUUUUGUGUGAAGUAGAAGUUAAAUUAGAAUUCUUGUUUUGUUUACAGGUAAUGAUGACGGUGUAGGUACCAAAUCUGUCCAAUCACCGAAUGUGUCCUGCCUGCCGCCGGAUGAUGCAGAUACAUUAGUUAUUUUCUAAUGUUUUAAUGAGCCAGGCAAAAUCGAAAUGAGGGAUUUAAUGGCACUUUCUAUGACACGUAUAACACGUAAAAUACAAUGUUUGUCAUCUUUUUGCGUUGUAUACAGUAUGUCUGUAUGUCUCUGCUGUCUGUGGAUGUAUCGGUCAAUAGCUUUCAUUUGAUAUUACACCAAAGAAAAACAGAAUCAGGUCAUCAGCAUACAAUCGUACACCUUCUGAAUAUGUUGGAAUUCAUUUGCCAGGGGAAAAUGUCCAUCCAUGAAGGAGUUUUCACCUUUACCGAAUCAGUCCUACCACUUCCACGUUGCCAAACUGCGUGUCGUGAUUGGCUGACAUGUACAGGGUAUUGUUUGUUUUUGUUUUCUGAAGGUAAUUUUAUUCAUUUUCCUGGGAAAACAAUACCCAGUACAUGUGCUGUUACACAGACCAUGGAGAAGAACGAACAACCCAAUAUCAAACAUCAUAUUUUGUGAUAAAAAUGUGGUAGAAAGUGCCAUCCAAUCCUUCAUUUCAAUUUUCUCGGGCUCAUUAAAACAUUAAGAAAAAAAAAACCUGUGGUAUCUGCCGGAUGUGACGUCAUCAUCCCUCGCCAAGUAGGACACAUUCGGUAAGCAAGCAGAUUUGCUACCUACAGUAUUGGCAGCAGUUUCUCUUCGAGUAAAAGAUGUCUCAAGUAUGAAGUCAUGUCAUGGUAUUCAGCAAUAUUAAGUAUUUGCAGAGUUGUUGUUUACGCAAAACAGCAUUUGCUUUUACAGUGUUUCAUUAAAAAUUUGUAUUUUAGUGAUGCCAACACAAGGCAGUGUGGCUUGAGAAAAAAAAAAAUCAAAUUCAAUAAAAGAGAAAGCACAAUAUGCCGCAGAGUCGAGUAAACUAUAGCAACAUUUGAUCAGAGCACAUUUGAAAGUUUUUGAUGAGAACUUGUGUGUCGUUAUAAUCAAUUAUAUAAUGUGCGAUGGUGACGUUGGGAGACAGUUGUUUCAAGCUGUUUACAAUAGUUGGAGUCAUGUGAUGCUUUUAACACAGUUUGAUCUUAUUUUUAUAACAAUUUAAUUUUGUUAACAUAACUGCAGUUCACACACUUUAGUUUGGUUUGGCCAUCCAAGUCAAAUAAAAUUAUUAUUAUUAUUAUUAUUAUUAUUAUUAUUAUUGUUGUUGUUGUGUGAACAUUCACAUACAGAGGUGCUCAGUUUUGCUCCUCAGAGGUUGUAGACGCUGGAUAUUCACCAUCAGUGUGAUCGAGGCUCGCACUGGGUUGUAGAACUACGGUGAAAUUAGUUGGAUGUUGGUGAUUUAAUCCAGCUCCAGUUGCAUUUCCUUCUGUUGUGUCUUAGCAGACGCCGGCUUGAUAGAAAUGAAAGCAACUCCCAAAGUUGCUAUUGCACAUAAACUACAUUGUGUAUUUAAUAAAAUAAUAAGUAGAUACAUAUAAAAUCAGAUAUAUAACCAGAGCACAAAGGAAAUAAAACAAAAUGCAGUCGCAUUUGCUUGACAAACUACAACUAGCACAGGUUGGGGAAUGGUUUCAUCGGAUACAAUAGCCAACAAAAUAGUCAUAUAACAUGUCUAGCAACACGUUUGUAGGGUUAUGCACCAAUCAUUCAUUCAUAAAUCAGAUGUUUUUAAUAGCUUGGAUGGCAGCCUUCUGAGUCCCCACGUUGUUUUCUGUCUUGUCAAGAACAAGGAAUAAGAACUCUUCACAGUAUCUGCCAAUCACAGAGGUGGGGGGUGAUGCAAAAAACAUCCAUGGAAUCUUCUGAAAUUCACCAUGUUUAGUCUCCGAGAGUGAUUACUUUUGCACAUUUAACUCUCAUAAAUGGCUGUUCAGAUGCUUUCACAGUGGAUGUAAGGUGGGUUUUGGUGGGUGUGUUUGACUUGCAGGGUACUGGUGAUCGCCGUGGUUGUAAUGGAUUCGUAAACAUCUAUAACUAUUGGAUGGAGUUCAUCUCAUUAGUUUACUAUUUUUGCCAUUGUUUUCUUUUGUUGAGACACAAAAGGAUUUCAAAAUAUGAUCGUUUCUUGUCAACUGCAAAACACAAAAAUGGUUGAAGUGGUUUUGGCCUUAUUUACAACAUAUCCCUCCUAACUGUAUUGUUUCUAGAGUGACCGCUCGCGCACGGUAAGGUUUGUGCUCAUCCAUGUUUGUUACACUCUGCAGGCGCUGAUGUCCAAAACAAAAAGAUUUUAAUUCCCCCUCUCGGUUCUUCCUUUCUAAAGUUGCUCUCCCGAGUAUUUGGCAUUGCCCACAGAUGUCACAUGUUCUUACUAUUGACAGUUUCAUGAGUAUUACUAUGAUUGUAAAGUAUGUGGUGCUAUGUCACGUGUCUUUAGGAUGGAAGCACAAGCUGUGUAACUUCUGCACAAAUUUUCACCACAUUUCUGACUCGCAGGCAAAAAAAAAAUUAUUGGAUUUGUAUUUCAAAAACAAUACAAUGUAUCUAAAUCAAAAUUGUGCUGUGUUCAGUUCAGGACAUGGAAAUUGAUUUUUGUGCAAUGAAAAAGUUUAGGAGCCACGCAUUCAAGUGGCGCGAUGUUUAGUAGCAAAGUGGUUCUUUUCUAUAGUUUCUACGGAUCCAUUCCACUGCAGAUGUUGAUGUGGCAAAGACGUGACUGUCUUGCAUGACUUCAUUUCAUAUAGUUUCUUUUCAUAUUCAAACUGGUGUCCAUUUUUUUUAUUUGUUGAUGAAAUAAAAUAUGCUAUUAUUAAUUUCCGUGUGUCGUU